UAAACGUUACCCUUUUUCAGUCCCAUUUUUCCCUCUCUUUGACAUUUUUAGACAGAGUUGGAGUAGUUGAGACUUGAGAUUCUGAUGUGAUUCAAACGAAGGACCCAAAAAUAAAAAAUUUAAAAAAAAAACUUUUUUUGGGGGGUAAAAGAAUAUAAUAAAAAAAAUUUGAUCUUCCUUCUUUGAAAUUUGUCCAAGUUUCAUUUGUCCCUCCUUGAGUUUUCCAGGAUUCCAAUUUCCCACCCUUUUUUUAUUUUACCAAUUGCUUCUUCUUCCUAAACCCAACCCCUUCUCUCUUCUCUAAACUAGGGGGGGAAACCCUAAAUUAAUCUGCUUUAGGUUUUUCCAGAACUGUUUCUAAAUACCCAAAGCAUUUUCAACUUAAUCUGAAAGAAAAAAAAUGGCAGCUGAUAAACCUAGCUCUAAAGGCCAAGCAUGGUUUUGUGCUACUGGGUUACCUAGUGACAUUAUUAUUGAAGUUGAUGAUAUGACUUUUCAUCUUCAUAAGUUUCCAUUGAUAUCCAAAAGCAGAAAGAUUGAUCAGUUAAUAGAAGAACAAGGUAAGAAAUCAUCUACUGUAACCGUUACUAAGCAAAAGCAACGUGAAACCGGGAAUGAAAUCGAAGAAGAAGAAGAAGAAACCCAAGACCAACAAGAUGAUGAAGAAGAAGAUCGGUACCAGAUAUCUCUGCAGGAUUUUCCGGGUGGUUCUGACGCUUUCGAAACCGCCGCCAAAUUCUGUUACGGCGUCAAAAUCGAUCUCUCCUCCUCCACCGUUGUUCCUCUCCGUUGCGCGGCCGAGUUUCUCGAAAUGACCGAUGAGUACUCCGAAGAUAACCUGAUUUCUAAAACCGAAAGGUUCCUUUCUCAAUCCGUUUUUAAAAAUCUUAAAGCAUCGAUCAAAGCGUUGAAAUCAUGCGAAUCGGUGAUGACCUUAGCGGAGUCUUUAGGCAUUGUUGAGAGAUUGAUCGAUUCGAUCGCUUUGAGAGCUUCUUCUACAGAUCCGACUCUGUUUGGCUGGCCAGUGAAUGACGGAAUCGUUGAAGCGAAAGGCACUUCGGCUCAAGCUUUGUGGAACGGAAUCGAAACUGGUUUGAGAAGAAAAGCUUUAGCUCGAACAAGCAAUGUGGAGUCGUGGUUUGAAGAUCUGGCAUUGCUGAGUUUACCGUUGUUCAAACGCUUAAUUUCAACAUUGAAAAGGCGAGAUCUGAGUCCUGAGGUCAUCGAAAGCUGCCUUAUGAGUUACGCAAAGAAGUACAUUCCAGGAACGUCGCGGUCAAAUCGGAAACCGUCGUCGUCAUUGGCCGCCGCUAUUACAGAGAGUGAACAGAGAGAGCUUUUGGAAACGAUAAUCUCUAACCUUCCGUUAGAAAAGACACGUUCAAGUUCAUCAACCGCAACGCGGCUCUUAUUCGGUUUAUUACGAUCCGCUAACAUUUUAAACUCAUCGGAAUCUAGCAAAGCCGCGUUGGAGAAGAAGAUCGGUUUCCAACUCGAGCAGGCUACGUUAGACGAUCUGUUAAUCCCGAGUUAUUCCUAUCUCAACGAGACGCUCUAUGACGUCGAUUGCAUUGAGAGGAUUUUAGGUUAUUUUCUGGAUGGAUUAGAAGAGAGAAACGCUGCAGGAAUCGAAGCCGAAAACGAAGGUAACAACGAUAACAUUAUUAAUAGCAGUAGGCUGCCUGCAUUGAUGCUCGUCGGAAAAUUAAUCGACGGUUACCUUUCUGAGAUCGCAUCCGACGCCAAUUUGAAACCGGAAAAGUUCUAUAACCUCGCGAUUUUGCUUCCCGAUCAAGCUAGAAAUUUCGACGAUGGACUUUACAGAGCUGUCGACGUAUACCUCAAGGCGCAUCCAUGGAUACCGGAAUCGGAGCGGGAAAAGAUAUGUGGAGUAUUAGACUGUCAAAAGCUUACACUCGAAGCAUGCACUCACGCGGCACAAAAUGAGCGUUUACCAUUACGUGCGGUGGUCCAAGUCUUGUUCUUCGAGCAGUUGCAGCUACGUCACGCGAUCGCCGGUACAUUGUUAGCGGCGGAAACGGCGCCGAUGAAUGCGGGGAGAUUGUCGGGGACGAGAAGAGAUGACGACGAAGAAGAAGAACAACAACAAGAUGAGGAGGAGGAAAGGGUGGCGAUGUCACGUGGUGAACAAGGAAGCACCACGUGGAGAGCAGCCGUGAGGGAAAAUCAAGUGUUACGACUAGACAUGGAUUCAAUGAGGACGCGGGUACAUCAACUAGAAAGGGAAUGUUCCACAAUGAAGAAAGUAAUCCAAAAAAUCGAAAAGGAAAAUCCACGUGGCAGCGGAUGGAGAGGGUCAUUGAAUAAACGGUUUGGAUGUAAGUUCAAGACACAAGUUUGUGAUUCUCAUGAAUCAACGGUUACGGAGACACGAAGACGAAGACAUCAUCAUCAUCAAGAAUAGAGGUUGGUACAUUAGAACAUUAAUAAUUAACGAACAAUAAAAUUGCUUUUUUAUUUUAUUUUUUUUAUGGGGGUCUGGUUAUUUUGUUUAUUAAAAAAAAAGGAAAAACUCAUCUUUUGAGGCAAAUGGCCAACGCAAUGGAAUAUGUAAAUAAUGAAAGGGGCAGGUCAUGAUGGGGCCAUGGAGUUAGUGGAGAAUUGUAAGGCGGAUGGUGAAUGCCCUAAUUUUUUAGUUAAAGUUUUUUAAA